AGAAAUGAGAGGAUUCAGUUGGAGAGCGUUCAACCGGGAAGAGCCACAGUGAUCGGCAUCCGUGGUGCGGUUGAACUGCAGGGACGAACUCCGAGUCAUUUAAUUGAAAUCGACGUUAGAGAAGCCACACGCAAGAAAAAUUGUGUCGUAUCAAGUGAACGAUCCACAGUGAAGCCGGUGCUAUGCUUUCGCAUCUUCUCGCAACGUUGUUCGACGUUCCCGCCGAAGUUCUCGUGUCAAGUACUCGGCUCAGUAUACUCUCCGUUUUCAUCAUCGGUGCGCUCUGGAGCCUGAUGAAUACCUUGACUUUCAUCGGAAUCCUCACGGCUUUGAUAUUGGCCCUCAUCUAUCGGUUCAUGCUACCCAAGCGCGAUCCGAGUCAGAUCGAUGGCAUACUCGGCUCCAAGGCCGUCAUGUUCGGUCAUAGAGGAGGCGCCCUUGACGCACCGGAAAAUACGCUGUCAGCGAUCCGUGUCGCAAAGAAACACCAAGCGUACGGGGUCGAAAUCGAUCUGAGCUUCACGAAAGAUAACAUCGCGAUCACGUUCCAUGACGAUGAUCUUGACAGGACGACGAAUGGAAAAGGACCACUACUCGAUAGUACUUGGGAAGUGGUGAAAAACCUUGACGCCUCAGUCAACCAUAUGUAUUCCGAUUUGUUCAAGAACGAGAAGGUCCCGACGAUCGAUGAGUCUGUCCGAGAAGCCUUAGAUCUCGGUCUGAAGAUCAUCAUCGACGUCAAGGAUUAUGAUGAUAGGGCGGUGGACUACAUUCUGAGCCUUUAUGACAAAUAUCCUAGCCUCAAGAACGAGGCCAUCGUCUGUUCCUUCUAUCCGCAGCUUGUAUACAAGGUGCGGAGCAAGCGUUCAGAGAUCGUCACCGCUUUGAUAUGGCGGAGGAAUUUCGUCGCCUACUACGAUGUCGAAGGGAAGAAGCCAAGGUUCCAGAAUUCCCCGUUCAGACAGUUCAUUGCCGAAAUUCUGGAUCCGAUUCUCGAGUGGAGCCUUCACAACUUCCUCUGGCAUUUGGCCGGAGUCAGUGCGGUCUCGAUCCACAAAGAUCACAUAAGCAAGGACUACGUGGACUUCUGGAAAGCGCGUAACAUGAGAGUUCUAUCUUGGACUCCGAACAAUCCAGUCGAGAAAGAAUUCCUCAUGCACCUGAACGUGAGCGUUAUCACUGACACGCUCGUCUGAGAGCUACCUGUCGGACGUCUACGCAUACACUAACAGACAAGACACUGUACUUAGUGAAGACAGUGCCAAUCGAGGCUUUGUACAUUCUUCAGGAGUCGAAGCCACGAAUUCGAUGGGUCCGACUCCUUAUUCAGUGUGACAAAAAUCACGCCUGUGGUAUUUACUUAGAGAGUAUUCAGGGUGGAGGGAAUAUGUUUUAAGCACUCUCAAAACAUUCCGAACCCAUGUGACCGAAUUGUGCUAGAAUCUUCAAAUGGUGCAAGCGAACCCGUUCACCUGUGAUUCAUCGGGACGGGUUCCUGGAGAAUCCUCAGUGGCACCGACUUAAUUAUAUCAGAGAGCUCGUCGUGUGGAUGUAGAUGACCCUCAAUAAAAUCAUCAUAUUCUCAUAAGAAAGGA